AUGUCAACUUCUAUUACUUCUUUCUGCCUUUACUACAACCCUUCAAAUGGCUCCUACCACGACGAACAUCCGCACUCUUCUGAGUGCCGUGGCAAUGACCGACCCGGCAGCUUUGCUAAGCGUGCCAAGAUACCAUGGCGAGGCAACCUUAGCAGGCGUUCUAAAAGAGCCUCUGCGGCAAAGAGAAGGCAGGAGGAGGAAACCGAGGUAGAGGCCUCCCAGUCAAUCUCAACGGAGGCAAGCCUGCAUCGAAAAGCUACUCACAAUGAAACUUCCAUUCGAAAGUCCCAGGAGACCACGGCUGAGAAAACCGCACGUAACACAGUGAAAACUGCAGCAACGUCUAUUCGACGGUCCCAGGAAUACAUGGCUGAAAAAACCGCAUGCCAUGCAGCCGGCACCACUGCAAUUUCUGCUGCAAGGGCGUCGGAAAGUUACGCGCAAAAGGCGGCAACGUGA